UAAUUGACCAAUACUGUCAAGCUUCCAUCGUCUCAAGUACUCGGGGUUUCACUGAUCUGCAGCUGUUGCGCAUCCUCCUACCAUUUUGCAAACUGGGUAUUGGAUUUUGGGUUGGGAGGCAGUGAUCGAGAGGAACAAGCGAGAGCAGGAACGUUUAGGGUUUUCGAGUCAGGGAGAGAGGAAGAGAGACAGCGACAGAUGGCUAUUCCGUUGUGUGUGCAGUGUGGGACGAGGCAGAACCCGUGUCGGUGCAAGAUCGUAGGUCCGACGCUGGGAGUGGUGGCGUUUCUAGUCACCGCCGUGGUGGAAUGGCCGCUGGGCGCUGCAUUGUACUGCUUCAGGAAACAGAAGGCACGGCGUCUGCUGCACCACCCUAACCGCGUCGUGUAUCCCCGUGUUUCUGGCGCCAUCCCCUUCUAAGCUCGGAACCCAAUGCCAGCGAGGGCACUUCAGCCACAUCCUGCAACGACCCAGAAAUGUUGAGCUCGUAUCGAGGAUCACGAGCGAUCGCCUUGGAACCUCAAUGGGAGUGAUUUGAAUACUUCAUUCUGCUUCUCUGGUCCCAUUCUAAUGUGGAGGGGGAUGAAUGCGCGGAGACAUUGGCACCUGCGCAUUUAUGUUGCUUGGGAGGCCACUGCUGCAGUGGACUAUCAAUCAGCUGCACACGAACAGCUCCAAUCACCCGCCGACAUGCUCCCUUUAUCUGAGCAUCUUAACAAUAGCAAUUCACAUACUCAGUAUCAUUUUGUGCUUGUGAUACAACCUUUAUUGACUGUUUUGGUUUUAUGUUGUCAUUUUUUGUUUGUUCA